AGAAUGGCGAACGCUUAUCUGAUAAAGAAAUGGACAAGACUGCAUAAAACUUUUGACCUGAACAAAGACAACUUGUUAACAGUUGAUGAUGCCUUUUUGUUUUCAGAUAGAUUUAUUGAAAGCAACAAACUGAAAGGUGAGCAGGCAACAGAAUUCAAGACCAAAUUUGUCAAUUUCUUUCGAGAUUUUUUCUUGAAAGGAGAGGAGAAAAUCACGGAGGAUAGAUUCGUUCAAAAGAAGACAGAGGAAUAUCAAAAAGACGGGAACGAAUUUGAGAAAUCCGUCAGAAAGCAUAUGUCUGUACUGGUAUCUAUCACGGAUGUUAACAAAGAUAAUAUGAUAUCUAAAGAAGAGUUUAUUGAGGCACUUAAAGCAAUGGGAUUGGUCACUUUUGAUGAGAAGUAUUUUAGCGCAUAUCCCCAAAUUAAACCAGGCUUCAUAGAAGCUAAUCUAUUUCUACAAAGUUGGGUUGAGUAUUGCUGUAACAGUGACGAUACAAAUGUCAGUAAUUUGGAGAAAGCUCGUCUUUAUGGAUUUAGAAUGAUUGAUUCUAUUUAAAGAUC